UGGGCGUUUGCCACCUCUUUCCCACCAAGCAGCCAUGGGCAUUAUGGCCACAAAGGAACCCAUGAAAAUCCGUGUGAGGCAGCUCAAUGGAAAGGUAGAUGAAGUUGAAGUGCUGCCGGAUCCGAAGCCAUAUCAUUAGUCGUGGUAAUUGUUAUGUUCUAAGUCAGUAAAGUCAUAGUCAGUUGAUAUGUUCUUCCAGAUCGUCGUGUUGCAAACUCUAUUGUGUAUUUGGUUGCCGGUUGUGGAUCCUUCUUUGUCACUAGUCACUAGGCACUCCAAAUAUAAACCAAACUGCCAGCAGUCAUAAAAGGAACAGAAACUUUGUCAGUGUUCUUCAACAUUUGAGGACAUCACCGUCCAGCAGUUCAAACAGCUCCUGAGAGAUUUGCAGCCUGAUGUUUUCCGCCGGAAAUUGUGUCAAGUGGAGGUGGUCUUCGGGCAGACACGGCUGACCAAUGAUGAUGAGGAGCAACUGCUUAAAGUCAUGAAUCUUGAAGCUGGUGCAGAGGUGCAGGUCCUCUUCAGCGCCAUCAAACCGGUUCAAACUGAAAGGCGACAACAUCGUUUCAUGGAUCUGGUCUUUGUGAAGAUCCCCAGCUCCGUCGCUAGGAUCCAGGAUGAUGCCUUUGCUGAUUGCAGAAACUUGGUAAAAGUAGAUAUUCCCAACACAGUGACACACAUUGGAAGGAAUGCCUUCAUGAACUGCAGUUCGCUCGAGUUGUUGACUUUGCCUGAUUCAAUGAUUUGCAUUGGAGAUGGUGCCUUUGACCACUGUAGCUCAUUGGCAGAGUUGACGGUCCCUGGUGCUCUGACAGAGAUUGGGCGCUGUGCGUUUCAGAACUGCAUGGCUCUCACUGAAGUGAAAAUGGCUGAAGCAACAGUUCCGAACUCUGUAACAAACAUUGGCGCUUUCGCCUUCCGGAACUGCCGUUCAUUGAAGAAAUUGACCAUUUCCGACUCUGUGACUUCCAUAGGCGAUUGUGCCUUCCGGAGUUGCAGUGCGCUGACAGAAGUGAGGAUUCCCAGUUCUGUGUCUUUGAUAGGACAAAGUGCGUUUCGGGAUUGUGGUGAAUUGAGAGAAGUGAUACUUCCCACUUCGGCUUUAAUCGGAGCUUGUGCCUUCAAAGGCUGCCACUCCCUGCAAGAAACUGCACUUCCAGAUGUGAUGAGAAAGCUCAAGGAGGGCGCCUUCGUAGCCACAAAGAAAAUCCUUGUGGGGCAGCUCAAUGGAAGGGUGGAUGAAGUUGAAGUGCUGCCGGAUCCAAAGACAUCUCCGUCCACCAGUUCAAACAGCUGCUGAAAGAUUUGCAGCCUGAUGUUUUCCGCCGGAAAUUGUGUCAAGUGGAGGUGGUCUUCGGGCAGACACGGCUGACCAAUGAUGAUGAGGAGCAACUGCUUGAGGUCAUGAAUCUUGAAGCUGGUGCAGAGGUGCAGGUCCUCUUCAGCGCC